CCUCUUCUUCCUCUUCCUCUCCUUCUUCCCUCUCUUUCUUGAUCUCUGCAGCUUUGGCGAUCUCUCCUCAGACCCUACGAGGAAUCGCCGCGAUCUGUCCCCCUCUCCGCUGCUCCAGCUCAGGUCCUGUCAUGAGCUGAUCGCGUCUCGCUGUCGGGUCGUUCUUCCGGGCGGUGGGAUUUUUGCGGGAUCUCGAAGCGGAGUGAAGUAAGGUUGUUCCGGAUUUUAAGCAGAAUCUCGUGCCUUUUUUGGGGGGGUCGAUGAGGAAUACCGCGGCGACCGGCGCCGGGGCGGCCCUGGUGUUUCUGUGCUUGUCCGCGUCGUUGGCGGCGGUGGCCGUUUUGGGGGCUAACUAUGUGCCCACCGAUAAGAUCCUGCUGAAUUGCGGGGCGGAUCCGCAGACCACCGAUACCGAUGGCCGGGUGUGGACCUCGGACAUCGGUUCCAAGUUCCCGUCUUCCACCGUGAACUCGAUCACGGCCACGGCCGCCACGCAGGACCCUUCGGUGCCACAGGUCCCGUACAUGACCGCGAGGAUCUUCCCGUCUAAUUUUACUUACAGUUUUCCCGUGGCAUCCGGUCGGAAGUUCGUCCGGUUGUACUUUUAUCCCUCUUCGUACAAUUCGUAUAACGCGUCCAAUGCCAUAUUCUCUGUUUCUACUGGGGAUUAUACUCUUCUGAAGAACUUCAGUGUGGCCCAAACGACGGAGGCUUUGAACUUUGCAUAUGUUUUGAAGGAGUACUCGGUCAAUGUUGAGGGGCAGACGCUGGAUAUAACUUUCAGUCCCUCUAAGACCUAUCAGGGUGCAUUUGCUUUUGUUAAUGGGAUUGAGAUCGUGUCGAUGCCUGACAUUUAUAGUUCGACUGGAACCGCCUUGAUCGUCGGUCAGGGUGGUGCUUUCUUCACCAUCGAUAAUACCACUGCUCUCGAGACUGCUUAUCGAUUAAAUGCGGGAGGUCAGGACAUCUCGCCGUCUAGCGACACGGGACUGUUCAGGUCCUGGUAUGAUGAUAGUCCUUACAUAUAUGGUGCUGCCGUUGGGGUCACAGCCACUAAUGAUACGAAUGUGACGAUUCGUUAUCCCUCAUCCAUGCCUACUUAUGUCGCUCCUGUCAAUGUAUACUCCACCGCAAGAACGAUGGGACCCAAUGCAAGUGUCAAUGUGAACUACAACCUCACUUGGAUUUUCGCUGUUGACUCUGGGUUCAAUUACCUGGUGAGGCUGCAUUUCUGUGAGUUAUCUGAUCUCAUAACGAAAAUAAACCAGAGAAUGUUUGAGAUCUUCAUCGCCAAUCAAACUGCUGAUGAUCAGGCUGAUGUGGCUGGAUGGACACACGGCAAUGGAAUCCCUAUUUAUCAGGAUUAUGUGGUACUUGUACCAGAUGGAGCUGGGCGGCAGGAUUUGUGGCUUGCCCUUCAUCCGAAUACGGCUAUGAAGCCUCAGUAUUACGACGCAAUUUUGAAUGGAGUGGAGAUGUUCAAAAUUAGUGAUGCGUCUGGCAAUCUUGCGGGGCCUAACCCUAUUCCUGCACCGAAGCAGGAUGUAAUCGAUCCCUCACGAGCUAGAACAGGGCCUGGUAAAUCAACUAAUCAAACAGCAAUUAUUGCAGGAGGGGUUGGCGGGGGAGUUGUGUUAGCCAUAGUCAUCGGUCUCUUAGCUGUUUGCGCUUCGCGUCGCCGAAGGCAUGGGAAGGAGUCAAGCGCAAGCGAUGGACCAUCCGGCUGGCUUCCUCUCUCUCUUUAUGGAAACUCGCACUCUGCGGGUUCCGCAAAGACGAACACUACUGGUAGUUAUGCAUCGUCCCUGCCGUCGAACCUUUGCCGCCAUUUCUCUUUUGCUGAGAUUAAAGCUGCCACCAAGAACUUCGAUGAGGCUCUCCUCCUUGGAGUGGGAGGCUUUGGCAAAGUGUACAAAGGAGAAAUCGACGGCGGGACGACGAAAGUGGCGAUCAAGCGUGGGAACCCCCUCUCUGAGCAAGGUGUGCAUGAAUUCCAAACUGAGAUUGAAAUGCUUUCCAAGCUACGCCAUCGCCAUCUCGUUUCGUUGAUCGGGUAUUGCGAAGAAAACUGUGAGAUGAUCCUUGUCUAUGAUUACAUGGCUUACGGAACACUCCGGGAGCACCUGUACAAGACCCAGAGACCCCCUCUCCCAUGGAAGCAGAGACUUGAGAUUUGCAUUGGAGCUGCUCGUGGGCUGCACUAUCUCCACACUGGGGCCAAGCACACGAUCAUUCACCGCGAUGUGAAAACUACCAACAUUCUUUUGGACGAGAAGUGGGUGGCGAAGGUCUCCGAUUUUGGUCUGUCAAAGACUGGUCCUACGCUGGAUCACACGCAUGUCAGUACUGUUGUGAAGGGUAGCUUUGGAUAUCUGGAUCCUGAAUAUUUCAGGCGUCAGCAGUUGACUGACAAAUCCGAUGUGUACUCCUUCGGUGUCGUGCUGUUCGAGAUCCUCUGUGCGCGCCCUGCAUUGAACCCCACGCUGCCGAAAGAGCAAGUCAGUCUGGCGGAAUGGGCUGCUCAUUGCCACAAGAAAGGCAUUCUCGAACACAUUAUGGAUCCUCAUUUGAAGGGGAGAAUCGCGCCGGAGUGCUUCAAAAAGUUUGCCGAGACCGCAAUGAAGUGCGUUUCCGACCAGGGCAUCGAGAGGCCAUCAAUGGGCGACGUCCUGUGGAACCUCGAGUUCGCCCUCCAGCUGCAAGAGAGCGCGGAGGAGAGCGGCAAGGGCUUCGGGGGAAUUGGCAUGGACGACGGAGCUUUCGACGCCGCGGCCUGCAAAGGGAAGAAGGAUCCCGACGCUUCCCCUGGCUUCGACAGCAACGUGACCGAUUCAAGAAGCAGCGGGAUGAGCAUGAGCAUCGGCGGUCGGAGCCUCGCCAGCGAAGACUCGGACGGGCUGACUCCGAGCGCCGUGUUCUCUCAAAUCAUGAACCCUAAAGGGCGGUGAACCCGGACCCACGU